AUGGCUACUACUAGCAGUACUUCGAGAGCAAAAACGAGGGCAAGCUCGAAAACUCACACAUCAUCCAACAAAACACCUCCCGCUGCUUCUCCAUCUCCCUCAGACCCUUCUCAGUCCACGGCAGGCAACGAGGUUGUGCCUCAAAUUCGCAUAUCGAAACACUAUGUGCUGCCGCCACGUCCCAAGCCUGGCAGGAAACCCGCUCUGGACGCUAAUGGUCGACGAAAAACGGUGAUCAAACCAAAACCAUCUCUCCGCUCCGCAAGGCCUAAUCCUUCCUCCUUGGAAGGGGCACAGUUCCUGCAGCGUGAACGCCAAUAUCAAGCUAUCAUCGAUAAUCUGCAGCAGGAGAAGCAGAGUUUGAUUGAGCUUGUUGAGGAUUUGAGACGACAGCUUCAGCAACUCAAUGCUGGAGCGGCAACUCCUGAACCAGAAGUUCAUAGUCCAAAUCUCAAGGAAGAGUCGCUGCAUGCUGGCUCGCAUCCCCAUUCCUCCCAUGUUGAAAACUACCAAAUACAAAAGCUGAACGUCCCUGUCCAACCUCCGUGCACCAGUAAGUCCGUGUACACCGAGGUGCCCAUUGAACAUAAUCCUUAUGUUUAUCUUGGACAGAGCAAACGCUUCUGCUCCUCGCAUCCAUCCACUGCACCCCAAAGUCCUCGCGAGAACAGUCUUUCUGUUUUCCCUGUUGAUGCGGCCCCUCAACGAGUAGCCUUAGUGCAAUCACCCAAGGCGAGCGAUUCGUGUUCCAACAAACGCCGCCCAAUGGAAAUUGAUUUUACCACUAACGGCGCUGUGGCCAACGAGUACGUUCGUAAAUAUGGUAUGUGCACUGGACUCGAUCGCUGCAUCUAUAGCACAAACGGACCUAUUCAAUCCAAACAGAGUUCGCCCUGCUCGAAUCAAACACAACCUGCUCAAGCAGAACCGGCGGUCACUGAUGAAACGAAAGCCCACGCAAAAAUCCUUAUGGAACUGCACAAUUCUGUUGCAACGAAUAGCAAUGACAGCACACCCUUUACCGUACAGACGACUUCUUCGAACUCGGCAUCAACAGUAACGUCUUCAUCCAUGCCAGUUUCUGUUUUUCAACAAGAUGGUCCAAGCAUCAAGCUACCGCCUAUUGAACCCCGAUGUACGACAACCAUCCAGUAUCCUGAUCGUCGAUGUCCAACCUGUCAUAAAAGCUCCCCAGCUUUAGACUUUUGUCGUAAACUGGCUCAAACAAGCAAGCCGCCGUACGCUUCUAAUCUCCCCAUUGCUUGUCAGUACAUGCCUUCCGGACAAGAACACCAGAAUGGUUUGGGUCUUGAAGGCUUAGCUACUACUCAAACAUCCUCCCGCUCGAUAAAACUGGACGUUCAGCAACUCGUGAACGGAUUGGCUUCCAGCUCAAACUCGGUUCAGAGUCCGCCUCUUGACUCGCUUCCGAAUCACCAUUGA